AUGAGCCACUUCAAUGUGAAGGGCUCCAAGCUAUGCUUGAAGAGCUAUGAUAACAACGGUGUUGUCAAUAAUAUCUUCUUCAUACAAAAGGAUGUGCCAUGCCCAAACCUGCUGGGAAAGCUGCAACAUCUUGGGGUCGUUGAGGCGAUAACUCCCGAAAUGGCCGAGAUGCAAAUCUCCAGUUACUUCUUGCACAUGUUCUUGUUAGUUCUUCUCAACUACUUCAUUAUCAGAAAGCAGCUCAACCCGAAGUCGAACGGCGAUGCCAAGAACCAGAGGUCUGGCGAUUCUACCACCAAGUUCAAGCCGCUGGCAUGGAUUCAGCGCAGUGCAAGGAACCGAGCUCAUGCCGUCAUGUUUUCGAGCUGGAUGGUGAUCCUUCAGUUCAGCCUCACCCACGAUGCCUGCAGACUAGCGAGUUUUCUGACCUACCAAGCAUAUUUGGCGGAUUUGGAAUGGGAAAAGCCCUACGUCUUGAGCUUAAUCAUUGCCGCCAUCCGCAUUCUGCUUUUCACAUUUGGUACACUUGGUAGCCUAUGCCCAAUGUACUAUGCCAUGAAGGCACAAAAGCAGUACAUACUUGCUCUCAUAAACCUUGAACUUUCACCCGAGCAGAAAAUCAAGGACAAGAGUUUGGUGCCUCAAGAACUUCCAGCCCCUGCUCCUCCAACCUCUGUCCCUCAAGCAUCUACUCCUCCAGCCUCUGCUCCUCGCCAGACUGCCCCUUACCUAGAGAUAACCCGGGAGAGCCCCUACGAACGUGAGAAGCGUGCCAUAGAGACUCCUCCUAAAAGGCGUACCCCAACUCCUGCCCUUCCUCCCCCCCUCCCUCCCAGAAUCAACAACAUCCACUCAAUGACAACUGCUCAAUAUCCCACCUCUGCAGCUAGUCAGCAGGGUCCCAAAACACCAGAUCUUCAACCGUUAAGUCCCUCGGUAGGACACGCGCCGCCGUCCUAUACCGAUUCAACCACGAACGGCGCAAACGACGAUACCAACCAAGCCGCUUUUGAUUUCAUUAGACGGCUAAAUGAUCCCGCUAUAUCUCAUCAACGCCAACGAGUCCUCAACAGGAGGCAUGCUUCCAGCUCCACAGGAAGGGUACGAGUAGGACAAGUAGUGGAGGAAAAUGCGACAAAGUCCUCAGAUUCUCCAGGUCAACCUGAAGACUGGGAAUAUGUCCACCACGAAGAAGGAAAGUGA